AUGACAGAUGGUGAUGUGCCCAUUAGAAUCGAGCACCUCAAAUUGAAAAGAAUAAACGAACUGAACAAAAAACUCAGACAGGAGUUGUCUAGAGAACGUAUAUCUGCGUCCAAUGCCUGUCUUUCUAUCAUCGAUUAUACCACCUCAAAGAGAGAUUAUGCUAUCCCAGAUAUAUGGGGCUACCCGGCGCCGGGAACAAACCCGUAUAGGGAGAAUAUUAAAGCACUGCAAAAGCUGAAAUCCAAAUCAUCCCAAGACAGUAAUACCUGUUGUAUAAUAAUGUAA